UAUAAAUUGCUUAGAUCCAAGAAACAUGAUGAGUGACCAUGAUGUUUCCAUCACAAAAUUCAAGAGAGUUUUGACUACCCUUGAAAAUGCCAAGAAAGUCCCGGAAGGUGAAUGUGAUUCCCUUUUGGAACUAUUUAGACAAUUCAUUAUGGAAGUCCCCUCUUCUUCUCCGUCGGAGUUCAAAGACUAUGAUCCUAACAAUGCUAGACUUGAUUCCUUUCUGUAUCUUCAUAUGGGACAGAAGCGAUCCUACCAAUCAUUGUGGAAAGUAGUCUCAGAGCUACUGAUAUUAUCACAUGGCCAGGCCAGUGUCGAAAGAGGAUUCUCAGUCAAUAAGCAACUGGAAGUCGAGAACCUCCAAGAGCGCUCCUUCAUUGCUCAAAGGCUGGUACAAGACCAUGUACAAUCUGUGGGAGGUGUCCUUGCUGUUUCAAUCAACAAACCACUUCUUUUGUCAGCUGCAGGAGCUAGGCAGAAGUAUUUAUCAUAUCUUGAUGAACAAAAGAGGAAGAAAACCUCUGAGGGUGUAGAACUGAAGCGAAAGGAGCUAGUCGAUGAACUUGAAGAACUUAAAAAGAAAAGAAGGCGUUUAGACAGUGAUGUUGACAAUCUUGUUAAAUGGGCAGACGAGUUUGCACAGAAAGCAGAGGACACUGGGAAACUUGUGUGGAUUACAAAGUCAAAUAGUUUGAGGAGAACUGCAAAAGAAAAGGAGAUAGCUCGCAAAGACCUUGAGUGCAAAAUUGCGAAUGUUGUGGAUGAACUAAAAAAGGCAUAGACUUUUAGCUCGACUUAAGCUCGGCACAAUCGCUACUAUGAUAAGGUGAACAUUCUUUUAUUUUGCAGUUGGUGGAGUCCUUGAAAAAUAAAAAAUAUGUCCUUGAAAAGUCCUUGAAAAGUCCUUGA